AUGUCAAAUCCAGCAACAGUAACAAAUAAUGAUGAUGAAUCAUUCCUUACACUUGAAGAAGAAUGUAAAAUGGAUUCAGAAGUAUUUAUUGAUCGUCCUCGACGAAAAAAAACAACUAUAGAAACACAUGUAACUGCAGUUAUUAUGAAUGAAAAAAUGGAAGAAGAUUAUCCAGAAAAGAAAAUAUUACACCUAAACAACAACAACAUGAACAACAGAAUAUCUAUUGGACAACAAGAACCUAUUAUGCCUAAAUUACUCGAACAAAUUGAUACGAUUGAUCUUGAUUGA